AUGUACAGAUACGACAGGACUUCAACAGUUACCAACGAGGAAGCACAAGUAUCUCCUACGGCUGCCACCACCCUCGCACCAACACUUCAGCAGCAGCAGCAGCAGCAGCAGCAGUCAACCCACCAAUUUUCCUUUCUUCGUCGGACGGGCCAGAAUGCACUCAAUACUAUUUUCAAGCCCGACAAAAGCAAGGACAAAGUCCGUGCGCUGUCCUUUGCAUCCGACAUUUCCGUCUCGACCUCAAUCUCAUCGGGCAACUCCGCUUCGUCUCCAUUACUCUACCCUUCCACAGGACGGCCGUGGUCACUGUUGUCGCAGCAACAGGAUGAGAUAGAGAGCACGGAGUCGCUAAUGGAACGUGGCAGGAAACAAAAGUAUUGGAGGAAAACGAUGAGUAGGAUGGGGAGCAGGCAGUAUAAAGUGACGUCGGACCAUGUCAAGGUGUUGAGAGUUGUUUGGUACUUGACGUUGGUGUUUGGAGAGCAUGCGGUGUUCUGGGUCAUGUUGCGUCGUUGUGAAUGGCCAGCGAAGGAGUCAUGGGACCAGAGCGAGAGAGCAGUUCAGGAACGGUACAAGAUCGUCAUCAUUGCCGACCCACAGCUUACAGACUGGUACUCGUACAAACAGACAGGACUGGCGCUCUGUCUGACAGAGUUUUACACGGAUCUGUUUAUGCGCAAGGGUUUUGCUCGUCUACAUCGGCGACUGCAGCCGGAUAUGGUAUUGUUCCUGGGCGAUCUGAUGGAUGGAGGUAGAGAGACGGUGGCAGAGGAUGAUGGAGGAGUGUAUGAGAAGAAUAAGGGUCGGUUCUUGGACAAGGUGUUUGAUUCGCGGCGGACGGCUUGGAAUCAGGAACCACUUGUCAUGGAUGAGGAAGAUAUAGGAGAGGAGGAGGGCUUGAGGCAAUAUGGCGGUGAAUAUGAAACGAGAUCGCGACAAAUGGAUGAAGCAAGAACAGGAGACACAACAGGACACUAUCGGCAGAUUACGUAUCCAGCAGCAGGUGCGACAGAGAGGGCCCAGAUUCGACAGGAUGGCAAGAGCGCGCGUCUCUAUGUAGCAGGAAAUCACGAUGUUGGGUUUGGAGACACGUUGGUCCGCCAGGCGAUGAAACGGUACAAGGGCGACUUUGGUUCGGUCAAUUACGAAAUUAAGGUUGGCAACCACUCUCUUGUUAUCCUCGAUACGUUAUCCCUGAGCUCGAACAUUACGUCCAUCCGCGAGGAAUCCAGGGACUUCCUUGCGAAGAUGGAACAGGAAAAGCCAAAAGAGCCGCGAAUACUCUUCACUCAUGUCCCAUUAUUCAGACCCGAGACGACAUCAUGCGGCGAGGCGAGAGAGGCCCAACAGCUGAUUCUGGACGGGAACGGCGAGCAGUACCAGAACAUGGUUAAUGCAUCUCUCUCACGAGAGAUCCUGCGCAAGGUCCAACCGGAUAUGAUCUUUAGCGGUGACGACCACGACUGGUGCGAGAUGGGUCACUCCUUGGACGAACGAUUGACCCCUGAAGUGACCCUGCCGACAUUCAGCUUUGCACAAGGAAUCAAGCAGCCAGGUUUCGUCGUUCUCUCGCUUUACAACCCACAACACAUUUCGAGGAAUGCUCCAGAAUCGACGCCUCUGCUCGGAUUCAAUGUUGGUGAGAUGGAAUCCGACCGUUAUAACCAAUGCGAUGUCAUCGGAUUGCGUCUCAAGCUCGCCUCAUCCUCUCCAAGGCUCGACGCUGCAGGAGCAGCUCUGUUCCCCUCAAGAAGCAGCGGCCGAGACGUUCUGUCAACAACAGAAAUCAACAGCGUCUCAUUCCUUCUGCGAUGA